GUCCGGAGUGAAGCUGCUGCGUGGACUGAGAAUGUUCUUCAGCUUUUACGGAUAAAAAGUUAUUUUCAUGGAAAGAAAGACUUCAGAAGCUGGAGAAUGGGGUAUGGGCAAAUCCUCCACCAGUGUGGGGUUGAGGAAGACCAGGUCCACCUCAACGUGGGAGGUGUGCGGUACAAGGUGCACCCGGAGACUCUGCUGCGCUUCCCUCACACGCGCCUGGGACGCCUCGUGCGCUGCAAGAGCGAGGCGUCCAUCCUGGAGCUGUGCGACGACUACAGCCCGCUGGACAAGGAGUUCUACUUUGACAGAAACCCUCGACUGUUCCUCUGCGUGCUCAACUUCUACCACACCGGGCAGAUCCACAUGAUGGAGGAGUUUUGCGUCUUCUCCUUCGGCCAGGAGAUCGAGUACUGGGGCAUCCAGGAGCUUCACCUCAGCUCCUGCUGCAGUAACUGGUACCAUGAGAGGAAGGACUACAUCAAGGACCAGGACUGGGACAUUCGGAGUGACGACCAGCAGCAGCCCAGCCUGGACUCGUCGUUCGAGGAGCUGUCUGCUCUGGACAAAGACCUUGCCAAGUUUAAGGGCGCAUGGUGCGGGGAGGUGAGGAGUUACGUGUGGCUCAGGCUGGAGGACCCGGGACAUUCUCGGGCCUCUAAGGUCAUUGCCGUCACCUCCCUCAGCGUGGUCCUGACCUCCAUCGUCGCCAUGUGCGUCCACAGCAUGCCGGAGUUCCAGCAGGUGGAUGAAAACGACAAGCCCAUCGAGGACCCAGUGCUGACCAUUCUGGAGGAGAUCUGCAUCGCCUGCUUCUCCGCCGAAUUCAUCAUCCGACUCAUCGUCGCUCCAUCUCGCGCAAAGUUCCUCGGGAACGCUUUGAACAUCAUCGACGUGGCGUCCAUCCUGCCUUACUAUGCAACGCUAGCUCUGCAGAUGACAGACAGGGACGCCGUCGAGGAGAACGAAGACAUAGAGAAUGUAGGCAAGGUGGUGCAGGUUCUGCGCCUCAUGAGGGUUCUACGAAUCCUUAAACUGGCUCGACACUCGAUUGGUUUGCGAGCGCUCGGCGCCACUGUGCGUCACAGCUACCAAGAGGUGGGGCUUCUUCUUCUCUUCCUCUCAGUGGGGAUCUCCAUCUUUUCAGCCCUCAUCUACUUUGCUGAAAAGGAGGAGGAAAUCACCGAUUUAGGGACGAUCCCUUCAGGCUGGUGGUGGGCCACCAUCAGCAUGACGACGGUGGGCUACGGAGAUGCCUGCCCUGUGACUUUUGCAGGGAAGAUCGUAGCCACCUUGUGUAUCAUAUGUGGACUACUGGUGGUUGCUCUUCCUGUCACCAUCAUCUUCAAUAAGUUUUCAAAGUACUAUCAAAGGAACAAAGCCAUGGAGGCUGAGUGUGUCCCCAAACCUGAAAGACAAGACCCUGACCUCCCUUAUUACAACAUCAGAGAGUUGUUUGCUGAAAGUCUGUAUCCGUUUCUUGGCAAUAUCCCCUUCAGGAACAGUGAGGGCAGCGUCGGGGACGACACCGACGCCUCCAGUCUGCAGGACAUAGAGCUGUACGAUAAUGACGCUCGUGAAAACGGAGCUGCCAAAUGAGAUUCUUCCUUGCUUCCUUUAUGACUGCGAUCAUCGCCUCUUAAAGGCGGCCACUCCAUCCCUGACCUUCCGCUGUCUUCCUGCUGCAGCCUGACAGAGAAAUAUUGUGGUCAUAAUCUUUUUUUUUCUUCCUCUACAAGGGAAUAACUUGUGAAAAACACAGUGUCACUAAAACUGCGAGUUCCUAAGGGAAUUACUUGAACCUUGCUCAGGGGUUUGAAAGCCCAUUUUCUGCUUGACAGAACUGCAAUGAUGCAUGCAGGCGGCCAUAAUGUUUUUCAGAGUAAUGUCCUGUAUUGAUUUGUCUGGCAGCCCAGAGCACAGACAAAAAUCUAAGAUGACACUUAAAAAUGGCGUUAUUAGAUCUGUAGGUCGACUAAUGUUACACCAACUGCAUGUACAAAAGUAAACGCGUUUUGGAUGGAGGUAAUAUAAAUAGACAUGUAGAAAAUGCAUUAUUAAUGGAUGUUGAUGGAGAGAAGCUUCCACUGUGAAAACA